AAUCAUCUCUGUAACAUUCCUGUAAUGUCACCCUUUCAAUACUUCCAGAGGAAUCAUACCCAUGGAACCAAGGAACCAAACCAGUGCAUCUGAAUUCAUCCUCCUGGGACUUUCAGAAAAUCCAGAGCAGGAGACCCUCCUCUUUGCUCUGUUUCUCUGCAUGUAUGUGGUCACAGUAGUGGGGAACCUGCUCAUCAUCCUGGCCAUCAGCUCAGAUUCACACCUCCACACCCCCAUGUACUUCUUCCUGGCUAAUCUCUCGUUGGUUGAUUUCUGUCUAGCCACCAACACUGUCCCCAAGAUGUUGGUGAACAUCCAAAUCAAGAGCAAGUCAAUCUCUUAUCCCUGCUGCCUGACCCAGAUGUAUUUUUUCCAUUUCUUUGGCAUUAUGGACAGUGUUUUAAUUGCUGUGAUGGCUUAUGACAGGUUUGUGGCUAUAUGUCACCCCUUACACUACACCACCAUCAUGAGCCCACGCCUCUGUGGCCUGCUGGCUGGUGGCCCAUGGGUGUUUUCCUACUUUAUUUCCCUCACUCAUAUCCUCUUGAUGGUGCGCCUGGUUUUCUGUGGGAACAAUAAGAUUCCUCACUACUUCUGUGACCUCACUCCUCUUCUCAGGCUUUCUUGCAAUGACGCCUCUGUGAACAAGAUCUUCGUGCUCAUCGUGGCUGGGAUGGUGAUAGCCACGCCUUUCAUCUGCAUCCUGGCCUCCUAUGCUCGCAUCAUUGUGGCCAUCAUGAAGGUCCCCUCUGCAGGGGGCAGGAAGAAAGCCUUUUCCACCUGCAGCUCCCAUCUGUCUGUGGUUGCUCUCUUCUAUGGGAACACGAUUGGGGUCUAUUUGUGUCCUUCCUCUGUGUGCACAGCUGUGAAGGAGAAAGCCUCUGCUGUGAUGUACACUGUGGUCACCCCCAUGCUGAACCCCUUUAUCUAUAGCCUGAGGAACAGAGAUCUGAAGGGGGCCCUGAGGAAGCUUGUCAACAGAAAAAUUACUUCAUCUUCCUGACCAUAAGGACACCUGGA